AUGCUAAAAUACCUGAACAAAAAAGCUGGAGAAGAUUUUACAACUAGGAAUAUACUGCUCAUUGCUCCAACAGGAAAAGCAGCAUAUCAUAUUCAAGGGAAUACAAUUCACAGUGCCCUUAAGAUCCUUCCAAAUCAAAGUCUGGCAUAUAAACCACUUUCUUCAAGUUCCCUUAAUACCCUGAGACAGCAGAUUGGAAAUCUCCAAAUGAUAUUUAUGGAUGAAGUGUCAAUGGUAGGGUUUAGGAUUUUGAAUUGCAUCAAUCAACGCCUGAUGGAAGUUAUGCAAUGCAACAAACCAUUUGGAGGAAUAUCAUUGAUAGCUGUUGGGGACUUAUUUCAGCUAAAACCAGUUCGAGAUUCUUACAUUUUCUCUACUCCACGAUCAGAUUACUUACCUUUAGCAAUGAACAUUUGGACAGAUUUAUUUAAAAUGUUUGAAUUGAAGAAAAUUAUGCGGCAGGCAGAUAGCAGACUCUUUGCAGAACUUCUGAAUCGACUUAGAGAGGGCAAUCAGACAGACGAGGAUAUCAAUGUGCUAAAGCAGCGCCUCACAGAUAGGGGAUCACCUGAAUACCCUCAGACAGCAUGUCAUCUGUUUGCUACAAAUGAGUCUGUAAACAUGUUCAACAGCUCUGUCAUCAGUACAUCUUCUAAUGCAGUAUAUACAAUUCAUGCUAAGGACAGAGUGGUUGGAUCAACAUCGCCAGAAAUGACAAGAAAGAUCAUUGGGUCAUUCACCAAUUCAAAAGAGAAAAAUUCGCAGCUUCCAAAUAUUUUACAAGUGGCAAAAGAUAUUUAUGUCGAAUUGACUGUAAACGUAGAUACAACAGAUGGUCUUAUUAAUGGAGCUUCCUGCAAAAUUAAGAUUAUCGACAUUGUGGAGAGAGAAUCGCAAGCCUCUGGUGUGAUCUGGGUGGAAUUUGAUGCAACUUUAACUGGAGCCAAGUUAAGAACAGACAGUAGAAGGCUAUACCGCUCAUGCCAUCAAAAGCAGUGGACUCCAAUACAGCCAGUAUUGAAGCAAUAUGCAGCUGGACAUAAAGGUCAAGCUCAACUACAAAGGUUCCAGUUUCCCUUGAGGGCAGCACAUGCCAAAACCAUUCAUCGUUCUCAGGGGGAUACUUUGUCCACAGUUGUAGUUGAUCUGACAACAAGAAGAAAGGUUGAUCAUAUGCAUUAUGUUGCACUAAGCCGCUGCCAAUCUCUAGACAAUAUUUUCAUACUCAAUCUUCAAGAAGAUAAAAUAAGUGUGGACAAAAGUGUUCGAGAGGAAAUGGAAAGGUUAAGAUCAAUGCCAAUAGAAAUGGAUCUUAAAUUUCUGUACAAUAUACCGCAGUCCCACAAAAUCACAUUUCUAAAUGCACGAUCUCUUCAUAGACAUAUGGAGGAUGUAAGAGAAGAUCACAACAUACAUGCUGUGGACAUUGCUUGCUUUUGUGAAACAAGAUUCAGUCACAAAGAUACACUAGAAAGCACUACUCUGGGAAAUUUUGACCAGUAUAGAAAGGAUUGUCUAGAUGGUAACUGCCAAAGAUCACCAUAUGGGACAGCUUUGUAUAUGAGAUACCCUGUGAACAUAAUUUAA